AUUCAAGAUGAAGAACACUUCUAUCUCCACAAGGAUUCUCCUGCUUCAUUUUUAUAACCACGUCCACUUCCCUCCUGCCCCCUACUCAACCCUUGGGAACCACUAAUCUGUUUCUCCUUGUUGUCAACUUCUAUCUUAAAAAACAAAAAGAAAAACAAUCCUGAUUUUCUCAUAAUCACAAGGGCAGGGAGUCCAAAGUUAGGUCGACCCCGAGGGUCAUGGUCUUUCGGUCAGAAGCAGGACACCAAAGCCCGCUCGGAGCCAAGGCUCGGUGGAGCGGGGCGGUGAAUUCCCAGAGCUCGGAUAUUAGUAGAAUUCCCGGUCCCCUCGGCUAGGUGAUCCUCAUUGCAUUCGCCUGUCUUGAGUUCUGGAGCCCACAGCGGGAAUCGCCUUCCGUGAUUUGAAUUUCAUUUUCCUGCUUAUCUCAGUAAUACAAUCCGCGUUUCAAACUCCAGUGAAAAGAAAACUCAAGUGGCCCCAGGAAGCUCUUAUCACCCCAUGGCACAUUGGGAGCCUGGGAAGACCGAGCCGAGCAAGCGUGCGGAAGGAAGGCGGGCGUGGAUUGCCUUCAAGUCCCCCGGUUUCCGCCGGUGCAGAACGCGGCUGCGAGCCCCUCAGGUGACUACGCCCGAGGGGAUACCGUUGCUAGGGGCGUUACCAAGGAGGGGCCUCGAGGAGGGGCUGUCUUCCGGGGGGAGGACAACUAGUAACCCGGAAGCGGUCAGCAGUGCGGCGCUGUUUAAAGAUGGCGGCGGAGGAACCUCAGCAGCAGAAGCAGGAGCCGCUUGGCAGCGACUCCGAAGGUGUUAACUGUCUUGCUUAUGAUGAAGCCAUCAUGGCUCAGCAGGACCGAAUUCAGCAAGAGAUUGCUGUGCAGAACCCGCUGGUCUCAGAGCGGUUGGAGCUCUCUGUCCUCUACAAAGAGUAUGCUGAGGAUGACAACAUCUAUCAACAGAAGAUCAAGGACCUCCACAAAAAGUACUCAUACAUCCGCAAGACCAGGCCUGAUGGAAACUGCUUCUAUCGCGCUUUCGGAUUCUCCCACUUGGAGGCAUUGCUGGACGACAGCAAGGAACUGCAGCGGUUCAAGGCUGUGUCUGCCAAGAGCAAAGAGGACCUGGUGUCCCAAGGCUUCACUGAGUUCACAAUUGAGGAUUUCCACAACACGUUCAUGGACCUGAUCGAGCAGGUGGAGAAGCAGACCUCCGUGGCCGACCUGCUGGCCUCCUUCAACGACCAGAGCACCUCGGACUACCUGGUGGUCUACCUUCGGCUGCUCACCUCAGGCUACCUGCAGCGCGAGAGCAAGUUCUUCGAGCACUUCAUCGAGGGGGGGCGGACCGUCAAGGAGUUCUGCCAGCAGGAGGUGGAGCCCAUGUGCAAGGAGAGCGACCACAUCCACAUCAUCGCGCUGGCCCAGGCGCUCAGCGUCUCCAUCCAGGUGGAGUACAUGGACCGCGGCGAGGGCGGCACCACCAACCCCCACAUCUUCCCCGAGGGCUCCGAGCCCAAGGUCUACCUUCUCUACCGGCCUGGACACUACGACAUCCUCUACAAAUAGGGCCGCCUGGCCUGCCACCACCCUGCCCACCCACCCCUCUGCCAGGCACUAGACAUGUACAGAGGUUUUUUGUGGUUGUAAAUGGUCAUACUUCACUCGCCUACCCCUCCCUGUCACACGACCUCCCGUGUUUUAUUAAAGGGGACGCUGGUGGUGACCGCGUGUCUGCGUGUCCCUGCCUGGCUGCUGCCCGCCUGGCUGUGCUGUAUCUGGCUGCCCCCCUUCCCCUCAGGUGGGUUCCUCUUGGCUUUUCACUGUCCACCCCCAAACCUCCCCGCCAGGAGCAGUUUUGAGGGGUCUGGGCCUCUCGGGGACCCUUCCUGGUUAUUUGGGUUCUGCUUCUUUCCCUUCAGGCCUCUGUCCCUUCCCUGUUUAGCUGGCCAGGGGUUUCCCUGGGGAUGUGGAAGGUCCUCGGAGCCUUGCCCGGGAACCCAGGAGCACCAAAGCUUCUAGCUGCUCCCUCCUGGGCCCUGCCCCCACACUGCUGUCCUGGCCGGAGUCCCGGCCACAUGCCCUCCAUCAGGGCUCUGCGUGGUGGAGUCCUGGGUGGAGAGGGACCGCAUGAUGCUGCAGCCUGGCUCAGGACAGGGGUAGGCGCUAGGGUGCCCCAGGGCACCCCAGGUGGUGCCAGUCAGGUGGGGGAGGGGCAGUCCUCCAGCCUGUGUGUGGUCCCCCAUCCUCCCCGCUCUGCUCCCCUCGGACCCCUGCCUGUGCCUGCUUUGCACCCCCACUGCUUGGGCCGCGGUGUCCGCAUUGCCUUCCUCUCUGCCUUCACCUCCUCUCUCACCCCGCCCGCCUCCUGGCACGCGUGGGGUCUCGGCCCCCAGGCUGUGAGCUUCCUGGGGGCAGGCCCUCAAUAAAUGUGACGUGCUGCUGCCA